UGGAAAAUGGCGGCUUAGGAGCGGAGUCCCCGCAUCCCAUCCCGGUUCGGCGGCUGCCCAGCGCCAUGACUCGCUGGGUGCCCACCAAGAGGGAGGAAAAAUACGGCGUGGCUUUCUAUAAUUAUGAUGCAAGGGGAGCAGAUGAACUUUCCUUACAAAUAGGUGACACCGUACAUAUAUUAGAAACGUAUGAAGGUUGGUACAGAGGUUACACAUUAAGAAAAAAAUCAAAAAAGGGCAUAUUUCCUGCUUCCUAUAUUCAGCUUAAAGAAGCAAUAGUUGAAGGAAAAGGACAGCAUGAAACAGUCAUACCCAGUGAGCUCCCACUGAUUCAGGAAGUUACCACAACACUACGAGAGUGGUCCAUAAUAUGGCGGCAGCUAUACGUGCAAGAUAACAGAGACAUGUUCCACAGUGUACGACACAUGAUAUAUGAUCUUAUUGAAUGGAGAUCACAGAUACUCUCUGGAACUCUACCCCAAGAUGAGCUCAAGGAACUGAAAAAGAAAGUGACUGCCAAAAUAGAUUAUGGAAACAGGAUUCUUGAUUUGGAUCUGGUUGUAAGGGAUGAAGAUGGCAACAUUUUAGAUCCAGAACAAACCAGCACAAUCAGCCUUUUUAGAGCUCAUGAAAUAGCUUCCAAGCAAGUUGAGGAAAGACUACUAGAAGAAAAGUCUCAAAAGCAGAACAUUGAUAUUAACAGACAAGCCAAAUUUGCUGCCACACCUUCGUUUGCUUUAUUUGUAAAUUUAAAAAAUGUAGUCUGCAAAAUAGGAGAAGAUGCUGAAGUCCUGAUGUCUCUGUAUGAUCCACUAGAAUCAAAGUUUAUCAGUGAAAACUAUCUAGUUCGAUGGUCAAGUUCUGGGCUGCCUAAAGACAUAGACAGGUUACAUAAUCUUCGAGCUGUGUUCACUGACCUUGGCAGCAAAGACCUGAAAAGAGAGAAAAUCAGUUUUGUCUGUCAGAUUGUAAGAGUUGGCAGAAUGGAACUAAGAGACAACAACACAAGAAAACUAACCUCUGGGCUAAGACGACCUUUUGGAGUAGCAGUAAUGGAUGUAACUGACAUAAUUAAUGGGAAAGUUGAUGAUGAGGACAAACAACACUUUAUACCAUUUCAACCGCUAGCAUUGGAUGACGCCAUUCGACACAAGCAGCUGAACAUAUCAUCCCGUUUUUCACCCAGGGUGGCAGGGGAGAAUGAUUUCCUUCAGACUGUUAUAAACAAAGUGAUUGCUGCUAAAGAAGUUAACCACAAGGGUCAGGGUUUAUGGGUGACUUUGAAACUUCUUCCAGGAGAUAUUCAUCAGAUUAGGAAAGAGUUUCCUCACUUGGUGGAUAGGUCCACAGCUGUGGCUCGGAAAAUGGGGUUUCCUGAGAUUAUUAUGCCUGGUGACGUUCGCAAUGAUAUCUAUGUAACAUUAGUUCAAGGAGAUUUUGACAAAGGCAGCAAAACAACAGCAAAGAAUGUAGAAGUUACAGUAUCUGUUUAUGACGAAGAUGGCAAAAGAUUGGAGAGUGUGAUUUUUCCUGGGGCUGGUGAUGACGCUAUCUCGGAAUACAAGUCAGUGAUCUAUUACCAAGUGAAACAGCCUCGCUGGUUUGAGACUGUCAAGGUGGCAAUUCCUAUUGAAGAUGUGAACCGCAGUCAUUUAAGGUUUACAUUCCGUCACAGAUCAUCACAGGACUCCAAAGAUAAGUCAGAGAAAAUAUUUGCUUUAGCAUUUGUGAAGCUGAUGAGAUACGAUGGAACAACUUUAAGGGAUGGAGAGCAUGAUCUUAUAGUGUACAAGGCAGAAGCAAAGAAGUUGGAGGAUGCCUCAACAUACUUAAGCUUGCCAUCCACUAAAAUAGAAUUGGAAGAAAAAGGGCAUGCCACAACUGGGAAGAGCAUGCAAAACCUUGGAAGUUGCACCAUCAGCAAAGAUUCUUUCCAGAUUUCUACUCUUGUUUGUUCAACAAAACUCACUCAGAAUGUGGAUCUCUUGGGGCUUUUGAAAUGGCGAUCUAACACAAACUUGCUGCAGCAGAAUUUGAGACAGCUGAUGAAAGUUGAUGGUGGUGAAGUGGUUAAGUUCCUACAAGAUACACUGGAUGCACUUUUUAACAUCAUGAUGGAGAAUUCAGAGAGUGAGACCUUUGACACCCUAGUGUUUGAUGCUUUGGUAUUUAUCAUUGGACUGAUUGCUGACAGAAAAUUUCAGCAUUUUAAUCCUGUCUUGGAAACCUACAUUAAGAAACAUUUCAGUGCUACUUUAGCCUACACAAAGCUGACUAAAGUUUUAAGAAAUUACGUGGAUAAUGCUGAGAAACCUGGUGUAACUGAUCAACUUUUUAAAGCCAUGAAAGCUUUGGAAUACAUCUUCAAAUUUAUCGUACGAUCCAGAAUAUUGUUCAAUCAACUUUAUGAAAACAAAGGAGAAGCAGACUUCAUGGAAUCCUUGCUUCAACUAUUUAAGUCUAUCAAUGAGAUGAUGAGUAGUGUCUCUGAUCAAACUGUGAUGGUGAAGGGGGCUGCACUUAAAUACUUGCCAACUAUUGUCAAUGAUGUGAAAUUGGUAUUUGAUCCAAAAGAACUUAGCAAGCUGUUUACAGAUUUCAUCCUAAAUGUUCCAGCGGGCCGGCUCACAAUUCAGAAGCUGUACUGUUUGAUCGAAAUAGUUCACAGUGACCUCUUCACGCAGCAUGACUGCAGAGAGAUCUUGCUGCCAAUGAUGACAGAUCAGUUGAAGUAUCAUUUGGAAAGGCAGGAAGACUUGGAGGCUUGCUGCCAACUGCUUAGUAACAUCCUGGAAGUCCUUUACAGGAAAGAUGUGGGACCAACACAGCGACAUGUCCAGAUAAUCAUGGAGAAGCUAUUGAGGACAGUAAAUAGAACCGUCAUUUCCAUGGGACGCGAUUCAGAGCUCAUUGGGAACUUCGUUGCAAGCAUGACAGCCAUUUUAAGGCAAAUGGAAGACUAUCAUUAUGCUCAUUUAAUCAAGACUUUUGGAAAGAUGAGGUCAGAUGUUGUGGACUUUCUGAUGGAAACAUUCAUCAUGUUCAAGAAUCUCAUUGGGAAGAAUGUCUAUCCCUUCGACUGGGUUAUAAUGAACAUGAUGCAGAAUAAAGUCUUCCUGCGAGCAAUUAAUCAGUAUGCAGAUAUGCUAAACAAAAAAUUUCUUGACCAAGCCAACUUUGAGUUACAGCUUUGGAACAACUACUUCCACCUGGCUGUUGCUUUUCUUACACAAGAAUCUCUACAACUGGAGAAUUUUUCAAGUGCUAAAAGAGCCAAAAUACUUAACAAGUAUGGUGACAUGAGGAGGCAAAUUGGUUUUGAGAUCAGAGACAUGUGGUAUAACCUAGGUCAACAUAAGAUCAAAUUCAUCCCAGAAAUGGUUGGGCCUAUGUUGGAAAUGACACUGAUUCCUGAAACUGAGCUUCGGAAAGCUACGAUCCCAAUAUUCUUUGACAUGAUGCAGUGCGAGUUUCAUUCUACCAGAAGCUUCCAAAUGUUUGAAAAUGAGAUCAUCACAAAACUGGAUCAUGAAGUGGAAGGAGGCAGAGGCGAUGAACAGUACAAAGUGUUAUUUGACAAAAUACUCUUGGAGCACUGCAGAAAACACAAAUAUCUUGCUAAAAAUGGAGAAACUUUUGUCAAACUUGUUGUCCGUCUGAUGGAAAGACUGCUAGAUUACAGAACUAUAAUGCACGAUGAAAACAAAGAAAAUCGCAUGAGCUGCACUGUCAAUGUACUGAAUUUCUACAAAGAAAUUGAAAGAGAAGAAAUGUACAUAAGGUAUUUGUACAAGCUAUGUGACCUGCACAAAGAGUGUGAUAACUACACUGAAGCUGCCUACACAUUACUUCUGCAUGCAAAGCUUCUUAAGUGGUCAGAAGAGGCAUGUGCAGCACAUCUUACUCAGCGAGAUGGAUACCAGGCAACUACUCAAGGACAACUUAAAGAUCAGCUGUAUCAAGAAAUUAUCCAUUACUUUGACAAGGGCAAGAUGUGGGAAGAGGCCAUUGCCUUGGGCAAAGAACUGGCAGAACAGUAUGAAAAUGAAAUGUUUGAUUAUGAACAACUCAGUGAACUGCUGAAAAAGCAAGCACAGUUCUAUGAAAACAUUGUGAAAGUGAUAAGACCUAAACCAGAUUACUUUGCUGUUGGAUACUAUGGCCAAGGAUUCCCUACAUUUCUACGGAACAAAGUGUUCAUUUACCGGGGGAAGGAAUAUGAACGUCGUGAAGACUUUGAAGCAAGGUUAUUAACCCAAUUUCCAAAUGCCGAAAAAAUGAAGACAACAUCUCCACCAGGUGAUGAUAUUAAAAACUCCCCUGGUCAGUAUAUUCAGUGUUUUACUGUAAAACCAAAACUUGAUUUACCACCCAAAUUUCACAAGCCGGUAUCAGAGCAAAUUGUAAGUUUCUAUAGGGUGAAUGAGGUCCAAAGAUUUGAGUAUUCACGGCCUGUCCGAAAAGGAGAGAAAAACCCAGAUAAUGAAUUUGCGAAUAUGUGGAUUGAGAGAACCAUCUAUGUGACAGCAUAUAAAUUACCAGGGAUUUUAAGAUGGUUUGAAGUCAAAUCAGUUUUCAUGGUUGAAAUCAGUCCACUGGAAAAUGCAAUAGAAACUAUGCAGUUAACAAAUGAUAAGAUCAAUAAUAUGGUUCAACAACAUUUGAAUGAUGCAGACCUACCUAUUAACCCCCUCUCUAUGCUACUUAAUGGCAUUGUGGAUCCUGCAGUCAUGGGAGGAUUCACAAACUAUGAAAAGGCUUUUUUUACUGAAAAAUACAUGCAUGAGCAUCCAGAAGAUCACGAAAAGAUAGAAAAACUAAAGGACCUCAUAGCAUGGCAGAUUCCAUUCCUGGCAGAAGGUAUUCGAAUUCAUGGAGAGAAAGUAACUGAAGCACUAAGGCCAUUUCAUGAGAGAAUGGAGGCCUGUUUUAAACAGCUUAAAGAAAAAGUGGAAAAGCAAUACGGUAUCAGAACAAUUCCCUCAAGUUUGGAUGAUAGACGGGGCAGUCGGCCAAGGUCUAUGGUUAGAUCAUUCACAAUGCCUUCAUCUUCAAGACCGUUAUCUGUUGCAUCAGUGUCAUCUGUCUCAUCGGACAGUACCCCUUCCAGACCUGGCUCUGAUGGGUUUGUGCUUGAACCUCUUCUGCCAAAAAAGAUGCAUUCUAAGUCUCAAGAUAAGUUGGACAAGGAUGACCUAGAUAAAGAUAAGAAGGAAAAGAAGAAGGAAAAAAGGAACAGCAAACACCAAGAGAUAUUUGAUAAAGAGUUGAAAUCUACAGAUAUUUCUCUGCAACAAUCUGAAGCAGUGAUCCUUUCAGAAACGAUCAGUCCACUGAGACCACAAAGACCAAAGAGCCAAGUUAUCAAUGUCAUUGCAAGUGAAAGACGUUUUUCUGUCUCUCCGUCAUCUCCAGCUUCUCAGUCAACACCACCUCCAAUCACUCCAAGGACCAAACUUCCUUUCAAUUUACAGUCCAAUCUGGAGCUGAAUGGUAUCUCUAGUUUGGAAAUGGCAGACAUUCCUCCUCCUCUGCCUCUCAAAGGUAACAUGGCAGAUUAUGGAAAUCUCAUGGAAAAUCAAGAAUUGAUUAGCCCUACAACACCCCCCGCUGCACAUCAAAGGCACCUGCCACCUCCAUUACCCAGCAAAACUCCACCACCGCCUCCUCCAAAGACUACUCGAAAGCAAACAUCUGUUGACUCUGGGAUUGUCCAGUGAACAAGAAAGCAUUUCUCCAAAGAUGAAGCUGUAAUAUUUCAUUUCCCUGAAUAUUUUAAGGUAUAUAACAGUUACCUCAUUCACGCCUGUAGUGUCUAACGUUUAGUGAAAUGGUUCUAACUCUGAACGGAACUCAUUUGUAACAUGAAAACAGUUUUCUAAAGAGAUCAUGCCACUGGAAUAAAGCUGUCACAGGAUAAUGGUGACCCAUUUCUUGGGAGGAGCUUGCGACCUAUUUUCAAAGCAAGGGGGCAUUUGUCAACUGACAAUACACUAUUCCCUAUUCCAGAACAUUUUGCUUUGUCAUACCAAACUACUUAACAGAAAAUAGAAAUGGAUACUGGUGUGUAAAAAUGACAGUUGGGCACUAUGGGCCUGAUCCCAACACCUGUGGAAGUCAGUGAGAAUACUCACAUUGAUUUCAGUGGGCAUUGGACUGGGCCUAAUAACAAUACUAAGAAGCAGCAUUAUGAUAGCUUCAAAUAACAAACAUGUUCAGUGCAUUACACAUUCAGAAACCUGAUUUUCCCAUAGCUUUUUUAAUUGCUCUGUGUUAUAAAUAAGCUGAUUUCUGAUGAGCUUUUUUAAAACUUUCAUUAGUGGUUGGCUGCUCCUCCUUCUGUCUGAUACCAUUUUAAAUUAAGAUAACUUUUUAGCUACUGAACAGGCACUAAUUUAUAGGAAAAGAAACCAAGUAUACAAAUAUGGGACCUGAUGUGAUUCUACAACCGAACAGUUGAACAUAAGAACAGGAAGAGCUUUUUUUAUACUGUGUAAUAUUUUACGUGGAUUAGGACAAAUUGAAUGUUAUCUUUUUGUCCCUGUGUCAUCAUUCUGUACAGAAGUUUAUAUAUAUGAUGGUUCUUAGAAUGUUUUUAAUUUUUGCUGCCUGCUUUUCAUAUAAUAAUGAUUUACUGUACCUGCAAAUGAUUCCUUAUGUGUUUUUAAUUUUAACUGCUGGAAGUGUAUAAAUAGCUAACUUUUUUUUUUUUUCCAAAAUUUGGCAUCUGAAAAUAUUGGACAAUGAUAAGGGAAAAGAAAAGGAAAGUAACUCUUUUUUUUAUUCCUCUGUGUUUUUUAUUGCCCUCACACUAUAUAUUUUUUACUAUCUACAAUCUUUAUAAUCUUACAGUAGAUUGUUUUAAAUACAUCACUGACUCAAAAAAUUAAGGAUUAUUUUUUAAAAAAAGGUUUGUCUAAGAAAAUAAAUGUAUUUACUUUA